AGAAGGUCAACUAGUAAAACAGUUACAACGAAAUAUCAAGCCCCGACAUCCCUUUCGCAUUUCUUCUCAUCUUCAUCUUAAACAUUUUCAAGCUACCUACUUCUCAUCCUUUCCUCUCAUUUCUCCUGCCACCUCUACAUCAUUCGCACCAGUAGCCAGGCAGUUCCGUAUAAUAUAUAUCACACCAAUCAAAAUGGCACCUCGAGUAAUCGUCGUUGGCGGUGGCUUAUCCGGUCUGAGUGCUGCGCACACAAUUUACUUGGCCGGUGGUAAUGUUGUGGUCCUCGAUAAGCAAGGUUUCUUUGGAGGAAACUCAACCAAGGCCACAUCAGGAAUCAAUGGUGCUUUAACACGAACACAAGUUGAUAACAACAUCAAGGAUAGCGUAAAGCAGUUUUACGAUGAUACCCUCAAAUCCGCACGAGAACAGGCUAGACCAGAUCUCAUCAAGGUCCUCACCUACAGGUCAGCAGCCGCAGUUGAGUGGUUACAAGAUGUCUUCAAUCUAGAUUUGACUUUAGUUUCGCGACUUGGUGGUCACUCUCAACCUAGGACACACCGAGGGCACGAUGCCAAGUUCCCUGGUAUGGCUAUCACAUACGCCUUGAUGCAGAGGUUAGAAGAGCUCGCCGAGACCGAACCCGAACGCGUCCAGAUUAUCAAGAAGGCUCGUGUCACAGGCUUAAAUAAGGAUGGUAACAAGGUCACCGGUGUCACAUACGAGUCUGGCGGUGAAAGCGCCACUCUCGAGGGCCCCGUCGUUCUAGCUACCGGUGGUUACGCUGCGGACUUUGGCGAUAACUCGUUGUUGCAAAAGCACAGGCCCGAUACCAUCGGCCUCGCCACUACCAACGGCUCACACGCCACCGGUGACGGUCAGAAGAUGGUUAUGGCUAUCGGUGGAAACGGAAUUGACAUGGACAAGGUCCAGGUUCACCCUACGGGUCUCGUCGACCCCAAGGACCCUGGCUCGAAGUGGAAGUUCUUGGCCGCUGAGGCCCUGCGUGGUGAGGGUGGUCUCUUGCUCAACGCCGACGGCGACCGAUUCUGCGAUGAGCUCGGCCACCGAGAUUACGUCUCGGGCAUGAUGUGGAAGGAGAAGGAGAAGGGCAAGUUCCCCAUCCGGCUAGUGCUCAACUCCAAGGCUUCCAAUGCUUUGGACUUCCACACCCGCCACUACUCUGGUCGUGGCCUGAUGAAGAAGAUAAGCGGCAAGCAACUCGCCAAGGAGAUAGGUUGCUCUCCCGAGCAUCUCCAGAAGACAUUCACUACCUACAAUGCUAUCGCCGAGGGUAAGCAGAAGGACCCCUGGGGCAAGAAGUUCUUCCACAACUUGCCUCUGGACAUCAAUGACGACUUCCACGUCUCAUUGAUGGAGCCGGUCCUUCACUUCACCAUGGGUGGUAUCGAGAUCAACGACAAGGCCCAGGUCCUAAACCAGGAGAAGAAGCCUUUCGAUGGUCUAUACGCCUGUGGCGAGUUGGCUGGUGGUGUCCACGGUGCGAACCGACUUGGUGGGUCCUCGCUUCUAGGCUGUGUCGUCUACGGCCGCGUUGCUGGAGAAUCGGCCAGCAACUACUUGUUCCAACAGGCUCUUUCAGGUUCCGCUGGAGCUGCUCAGCGUCUUGGACAGAUCUCCUUACACAUUGACCCGUCUCAACCGGGCAAGGUAUCCGUCGAGUGGGGAAGUGGUGCCUCUAGCUCAUCAUCCGGGGGUGCUGGUCAAAAUACCAGUGCGGCCGGCCCUACUCCGAAUGCGGAUGGUGGCAAGUCAUCCCAGCCCGCAUCAAAGGCUCAGAGCGCAAAAAAAUUUGAGGUGCCGGAGAAGGAGUUCACAUUAGAAGAGGUAGCCAAGCACAACAAGAGGGAGGACCUCUGGGUUGUCGUCAAGGGUGUCGUCAUGGACCUGACGAACUGGCUGGACGAGCACCCCGGUGGUCCCCAGGCUAUCAUGAACUUCAUGGGCCGGGAUGCGACAGAAGAAUUUGAGAUGUUGCACGACGAUGAAGUCAUCCCCAAGUACGCACCUCAGCAAGUAAUAGGGCGCGUUAAGGGACAGAAGAUCACUCUCGAAAUCUAAGCAAAAUAUCAAUCGGACGGCGCUUCGGGAAUUGCUUUACAUUUGCAAAUAUCAUUUCGAUUUUUCAACCUUAUUCUUCCGCGCAAUGAGAUGCGCGAGAGGCACCCAGAUUCAUUCGGGCGGAUAGUAAAAUUAGCUGGGCGAGACGCUUCUUGUUACAUUGGGCCGACGGCCUGGCUGUAUUGAUAGUAUAGGACUGUGUCAGAUGUAUGAUGUAUCAGCAUUUAGGAAUAUAUCACUUGGAUUUUGUUGUUUUA